GUCACUGCAAUGUUUGAGGGGGCGAUUGUCUCGAAACUCCGCAAGUCCUCCAUUUCAUCUGCGUAAAUUCCGCUCGCGAUGAUCCGAAGAGGCGCAACGAAUCCUUCCAGGGCCUGCCUGACCAGGCAAGCUUGCGAUGGUUGCAAAGUGCGCAAGGUUCGGUGUGGUGGAGGGAAUCCAUGCAAGCCGUGUCUGAAUGCGCGCAUCCAGUGUUCCUACAAUCGCACCCAACAAACACGAGGGCCGCAGAAACUGCGCGCCGCAACGAGGCAUCUUAUCGAGCAAAGCCAGCGAAAUAACCGUCGUGGACGUCCUACUUCCCCGGAGCACAAUGAAGGAACCUCUGGAAGCGCAAGGUUACCGGCGAACGCCCUGGUAUCACUGCUGUAUAUCUACCACGUUCGCAUGUACCCUGUAUGGCCGAUUGUCCAUGUCGAAAGUUUGAUCGCCGCUCUCCAAGCAGACUGCGAAGGUCAGGACUAUGAAACGAAAGCACUCGCCACCGGAUUGGCAGCUGCGACAGUUGCGCAAUUACGGCUUGGUGAGAACUUUAUCUCAGAUCAAUCAAUCACAGCGAAUGCGCUCGCUGCCGAAUGCCUGGAAACUCGCAGAGCAUUUGACUACCGCUCGCGAGUCAACUUGAACAACAUCCGCACUGCGUUUUUCCUCCACGUGUACUACGAGAACCAAGAGCCCGGGGGCAGCGAGUCCAUAUUAUACCUGAGGGAGGCGAUCACCAUGGCGCAAUUGAUGUAUCUACAUCGAGAAGCGUCAUACAAUGGCCUAUCGGUUGAGGAGCAACAAAUUCGUCGUCGAGUGUUGUGGUUAUUAUUUGUCACCGAACGUGGCGUCUGCAUCCUCCACAAGCUCCCAGUAGUUCUCAAAACGGAUACAGCAAUGCCAGAGAUCGAUGCGAAUGACGAACCGCAGGUUUUGCCAGCUUUUCUGAAACUCCUGGCAUUGUUUAGGCUUUUCGAACAAACGCGAAUGUUUAACAUUGUUGAAGACUACCACCUCGGAUUGAAGCCGUCUAUUAGCCCCGUCAAAACUCCGGACACUACAUUCGACGAAAUACUCCAAGACAGAUUUCGUGAUGGCGCUGGCGCUUUGGACCUAGCCUCUGAUGUACAAAGGGCGGACCUCUGCGUCACAAGACACUGGAUGCGUAUUCUGACAUGGAAGGCCCUAUCAACAAACUCUGGUGGCAGCUCGCAUGUGGGCGAACUCCAUAACUCGCCCACCUUUCCGUUGCUAGUCGCGAAGGAUCUCAUCAGCGUAGUCUGUCGACUACCACGAACGGCGCUCCAAGCUCAUGGACUGGGAAUGCAGAUGAAGUUGCACGAAAUUGCCAACUCGCUUGUAGAUGCCGUGACCACAAUGCCCAUGCUUACACAGACAUCGAAAUGGGACCAGGAAUCACGACCAAGUAGCCUCCUUUCCCAUCUCCACUCCCUUUUGUCAGCCUUCACAGAUGGGGGAAACAAUGCCCUUGUGGAUAUGCUGUACCGCAAAAUGGCCCAUGCGCAUUCUGUGGUUUCUUCAACUAUUCCGCCGUUGCUUACUUGUAUUCGUCCUGUUCAGAAUCGCAGUUGUGAGAGUCAGAGCACUAGCCGGGUUCAGGGCACCGUGUCAACUACCUGGGAGGGUGGCUCUUCCGCUAAUGACGCCGCUGAUACUAAUGCAGCCAACUGGCUACGUGAUGGAGCUCCUGGUGGAUCUGGGCAUGAAGUUAAUCAGACCAGUCCGCGAGCCCCUGGUGGGACCACUGAUGCCGCCACGGCUUCCGUACCAUUGGAUUUUACUGACCAGCAGUUCGACAAUCCAUGGAGCUAUCUUCAGUCGAGCUACGACCCUUUGAUGUACCCCCCUCCGCAAGAUUUCGGUACAAAUGCAAGCGGGCUUAGUGUUCCGGCAAUUUCGGGUUCAUUAGAUAUACGCUCACUCGAUACAGUCUUAAAUAACGUCAUCUUCGAUACUUCUCACAACCAGUUGCCUCUUGGCCCCUAUUUCCCUAUUGCCAAUGUUCCUGGCGAUGGACAUCCCCAGGUUAAUAUUUGAAGCGGAAAUCCAGUCGCUCGUUGCCCUCCUUCUCGCGCUCAGCCAAGUCCGUCUGGUAUUCAACGCGCUCUGUUGGUGACAUCGCCUCCCAUUUUCGCUCCUUCUGGCGGUUCAAAUGC